CGUGGCCGCCCGCCGCUCGACGUGCUCCGCGCUCUCGCUGGGCCCCCUCGGCGCUCGGCCCGCCGCCCUGCGUAGGGCGCGCGUGGCGGUUCGGGGCUCGCCGAGAUGUCGACCGCCAUGAAUUUUGGGUCCAAGAGCUUCCAGCCGCGGCCCCCGGAGAAGGGCAGCUUCCCGCUGGAUCACUUCGGUGAAUGUAAAAGCUUCAAAGAGAAAUUCAUGAAGUGUCUCCGCGACAAUAAGUUUGAAAACGCUUUGUGCAGAAAGGAAUCAAAAGCCUAUUUAGAAUGCAGGAUGGAGAGGCAGCUGAUGGCACAGGAGCCCCUGGAAAAACUGGGAUUUGGCGAUUUGAUCGGUGGAAAACCAGAGGCAAAAACCUAACUCUUACUGGGAGGAGGACCGCCCGCUGCCCCGUCUUCCAGGGUGGAGCUGUUGUGCAGCCUUGUCAACUGGCGGCUUGUAGUUAGGUGCUGUGACAUAGAGGCUUCCGGAAUGCCCUCCUCGACGGAAACAGCUCAUCCUGAUGUUGCCCAGGUUGUUUUGAAAAAUUAUUGUUGGUUUUAGAUCUCAUUUUCCCCCAAGAGUGUUGGGUUUUAGCUUUACGUCGCGUGUGGCAGAGGUCGUAGGGAGACCCGUGGCGGGCGGGAGGUAGGAGUGUGGAGUCAUGCCUGCUUGGCCAGGGGACGCGCGGCCUGGGCGACACGGUGACUCCACGGCGUGAUGCUGUGCGUGGCUUCCCGGUGCUGGCGCACUGAGCGCUCUCGGCUUUGGCCUCCCACAGAGACACGGAUACUGGGAGAAACUGUUCCGGGCAGAACGGUUUCCUUGUUGUGCUGCUUUGCACUGGUUCGUUUCCUGUUUUGUUUUUUUUCUUUUCUUAAACAAAAUAUAGAGUAUGAACUUGGAAAGGAGAGAUCGUCUGGCUUUUGACCUAUUGGACUUAGUGAUAUUUUUCUGGUAAUGUCUGAACACCAAGUACCUUUUAACCAAAGGCUCAUUCUGUAACCGGUGCAGACCGUGUUGCAGUUUAAUUACAAGGGUCUGUUUAUCGUAACUGGGAAACGGGUGUCAGGACAUUUGUAGUUUGCCUCACACGUGGUCUCCCAGCAUCUCCCUCUGAAAGAACAUUCAGGCUGACACGUGUCAGGGCGACGGUCCCGGGGCGUCUCGUUAGCCAGAGCCACCACCGGAAUCGCCUGCAGUCAUUUAAACCUCACAUGUACUCAGACCCGAGCCAGGAUUUCUGGGCGGCUUCGAUACGUGACCAGGGUUCAGGCCCACGCACGGAAUGCCACGUGUGUGUGGGUCUGGGCCCGGCGCUGCCUUCCCUGGCUCCCAGCCACCUGGCUUUGGUCCCAGUGUGGCUAAUGGAAGACGGUGGACACAUCCCCACCCAGACAGUGACCCUGGGGGGGACAGCCCGCCAUGACCCACGUCUGGGCUCCCGAAAGUCGCCACUGCCCACUCCUCGGCCGUGGGUGGUAGAGGCAUGUCCGUGUCCAGUUCUCUGCCUUCAGGUCACUCUGUUUUCAGUCCUUCCGUGGUGGAUGCCUCUUGGCUUAGACCCUCCCUGAAGUUAGUCCCUCCCGCGGCUGGUGCCACGUCCGCGGUGCCGACUCUGCCCCGUUCACCACGCGGGUGGCUCAGCACCUCCUGCUCCGCUGCGGUUUGUCACUGUUGAGUAUUUGGUCUCUGCCUUACCCUGUCAUUGUGCUACAGACUUCUUUCACGUUAUCGUCCAGUUGGUGAAGUAUCUUCGCUCUUAUCACCAAACCAAACUGAGCCAUGAAACUAGUUUGUAUCUGCUAACUGUCCAGAAUUACGUAUGUACAAGGUUGUCGACGCGGCCUUGUUUGUAGUUAGAAAACACUGAGGUGACCCAGAUGCCCACACGGGCGAGCUGUCAGUGACCUGUGGCUUGCGUGGCAGGGAGCGUGGAAUCUGAACUGACACGGGCUGACCUCCUACCACAGGUGCCGUACGUGAGAAAGGCAGUCUCUGGAAGCACCUGUAGUAACAGUAACAAGGAAGACAGGGAACCAGAAGUAGCUACACGUUUGUGCAAACACGAAAUUGAGGCAGGACAAAGCAGACACUAAGGAGGAUGGUCGCCGGUGUGCCGUGUAGCUCUGACUCAGCCGGAUUCCCGUUCUCCGUGCUCAGAAAUGACACAGCUGUGGGGCACCCAGUGUGCAGCUGCGGUGGGGGUGGGGCAGAGCGGGCCCUGCAGCUGUGGAAGGCAGGAGUCCGACCGGGCUGGGGACCAGAAGACAAGUUCUGUUCUCUGGCCAGCUCUGAAAACGAGUGUUCUAGGACCAGAGAGCUAGGGAGCGCAGAGAAGAGCCGGGAUCUUGGGAGUCCCUGUUGCAUCACAGAUAAGGUGGCCGGACAGAAAGACGGACUUAGGUGUUAUGCGUGCAUCCAUCUGGGCACCUGCCAGCUCUGGCAGCCAGGGGCCUUGAGCUGCGACACCCACAGCAGGUGCACACCCACGCCCCGUCUCAGGCCGGAGUGCUGCUCCCAACGGCUGGAACCAGGCUCCUGAAGGGCGGGCUGGCGCCCGGGCCAGAGUGGGAAAUCCAACCCGAGCCCGGACCUUUUUGUGUCAGAAAGUAAGGAAUUGCCGGAAAUACGAUGGGGGCUUGUUGGAAGGACACAGGCCCCCCGGGGAGCCACGUCUGGGCCAGUUUGGGCAACAGAAUAUUGUAUUGGCUCAGUCUUCACAAUCAGUGACUCUGCACGAGUCCACGCUGACACGUAUCACUAAUGGGAUCCCAGUUGGUCGGGGAGAGACAGCUCCUGGCGCUGGUCUGUCCCCCGCAGAAAUAGCAGGGGGGGGGUGGCAGUCACAGCACAGCCACAGGGGGUGUCGACGAGAACCGACCGGGGGCCUGGGCUCGGGCCGAGUGUGACGCGAAACCCAUGUUGGCCUGGUCUGGGGCCUCCCGCGGUGCAGCAGACAUGUCGGUGUGGUCACGCUGGGUGACCUGCCCACGGCUCGUGUCCCCGUCUGACGCCCUCCUGGGGUGUUCUUACCUCCCUCCAGUGAGCAGACUCCAGACUACACACAGUCUGCAGGGCGAGGACCGGUGCUCUUCACAGGUGUCAGGGGCCCGAGAGGCCUGGGGUCCGGGGAGACAGACUGACGGCCACGCGGGCCCCGGGCCAGCAAGUGACGGGCAGCCGCUGGGGCCCAGCGAUGUGCAGGCUGGUUAUCAGGACGCUUGGAUUCUUGUUCUGUGGUUAUGUAAGGUGGUGGUUGGGGAAGCUGGGCAUAUGAACUCUGUCCUAGUUUUGCAAAUUUUUGGGAGUCUAAAAUUAUUUCAAAAUGAAAAAAGUAUUUUGCAUUAAACUGGUUGAACUUUC